GUUGGAUGUGUUGUGCCUUCAAACAUGGACCCCUGCAAACUUUGGUUGUUUCUUGAGUCAUUGUCUCUUUUUCCAGACUAUUCGCCUGUAGACCUUUUUGAAGUGGUUGUACAUGAAAAUCCCAGAACAUCAGCUGUUUCUGAAAUACUCUGACCAUCAACAGCCAUGCCAAAAAGGCUGCCAACUGUGGUACCUGCACCACCAGUAUUAAGCAAGCUUCCUCUGGUGGUACUUUUUAAAAGUGUAAUAAGUCACCUUAUCUCUCACUCCAUCUUAAUCUAAUUUCACUUUACCAGUGUCUGAAGUAUAUGUGAGAAAGAAGAGGAGGAUGAGCGAGCAAAUUAUGUUAUUGGGAACAAAUCUGCCUCCUGUGAAAAGUCCGUAUUUUAAUGUUGAUGAUGAUAGUGUUACUUCGAGAGCUCAAUAUUUUCUCAUGUACACUGAUGUAGAUUAAGGAUAUGUAGCCAUAUCCCUUACUUCCUGCUCUGCAUAUAAAUACUUAUCUAUCCAAGUUACUGUGCUUUUUUAAUAUAAAAAACAAAAUUGUGUGCAUGUGUGUGAGUUCAAGCUUUACGACUUUAUUCAUGAAUUCAUCACUUAUAAAUUACAAUAAUUUACUCAACUAUUCAAAAAAGUACAUAUAUCUUUUUAUUGAAAGCAUUUAUUAAGAGCUGUGGAGUGUUUCCAGCAGUUGCUGAGCUGCUCCUGUAACACUGUGUGCAGCUACAGCUCCUCCCAUCCAGCUAUAAGAGCCCAGCUGACCAGGUACUCAGGGUCCAUCCUUAAAAUGGUCAGUGAAAACUGACUCAAGAAAACACGCUCAGCGCAUUCAAGCUUAUUUUCCCCCUCUGGUGGUUUAUUUGCAGCUUUUGUGCCAAACUAAGAUGUAGAAAGACUUCCCGGAGUGUGUGGUGUGCUUUUCCUUCUUCUUUUCGGACUAUACUCCGACUGACAGGGGAUUUGGGGCUGGGACUGCUGCUCUUUCUUCAUGAUGACUUUUGCCAUGCUGCGGCCUGUGGCGACGCACUUGAUCUACUCGGACUUGUCUCUCAUGUCCGAGGACGACGAAAACCGCAGCGAGAGCGACGGGAGCUCGGAGCAUAGUUCCUGCGACUCCAGCGAAAAGCGCAGGAGGAUUUCACGCCAGCUGGAGGGAGAGCCCGCGGUGGUGGUGAAGCAGAGGAUCGCCGCCAACGCCAGGGAGAGAGGCAGGACGCAGAGCGUCAACACCGCCUUCUCGGCUCUCCGGACUCUAAUACCCACCGAGCCAGUGGACAGAAAGCUCUCCAAAAUUGAAACUCUCCGCCUGGCAUCGAGCUACAUCUCACAUCUGGCUAACGUGCUCCUCAUUGGAGACGCCUGCGCGGACGGACAGCCGUGCCUUGGCGCGGUCCAUAUGCAAGGAGAGAGCGGAGCAAAGCAGCCGCGUAGCAUCUGCACAUUCUGCUUGAGCAACCAGAGGAAAGGGAUAAAGGAUGGGAAAGAUUGUCUAAAAAUGCGAGGACUGGGUCCACUCCGAAUGAGACGCUGACUGGAGACCAGCGAUACAUCAGCAACCUGAAAAUAAUCGAAGACUUUCUCAGGGAAGAGUCAAAGUUGGAUUUACAAGACACACAGUAUGCACACAUGCUGGAUCAAGUGAUGGAAGAAAAAGAGAGAGAGAAAAAAAACUAUUUAUACUUGAUUGAGAACUCUAAGCAUAAGCCUUUCAAAGAUGCAGUGCAUUUAUUUGAAACUUAUGAGAUUUUGUCCUUCCGUUUGCUCGUUUGUUUGUUUGUUUUUCAAAGGUUUAAAAUAAAAAUAUAUUUUA